AUGUUGUCGUCCAAGUUAUUUUGCUUCGCACUGUGCACUUUGGCCUUUGAUCACAUUUACCUGGUGGCCAGCGAGGAUACCAUUGCCGUUUGUCCCACCGACUUUGUUCAUGUGGCUGGCAAGUGUCUCCACUUGUAUAAGUCAUCUAAGAACUUCUAUUACUCGGAUCGUUACUGUCACACCCGUAACGCCGCACUUCUGAGCAUUAGGAAUAAAAGGGAGUUCGAUGCAAUCAACGAAUGGCUGCCAACUGUUGCACCUAACUCGCCGGAGUUCUGGACAUCCGGCAAUAAGCUGGGCGGAAUUGAAGAUUUCUACUGGCAGAGCAUUGGAAUUAAGGCUUUCUACCUUCCCUGGAAUGUCGGCCAACCCAUUGCCACCGCCGGCGAUUGCCUCACACUCCUGGCUAACGUCACCACGACCGCCGAAGGGACCAUCAUGGGCGAGCACCGCCUGUCUGUGACGUCCUGCACCAGUUAUGCACCCCUCAUCUGCCAGGCUCCUCCUCAAAUCUUCAAAUCCCAGCUUUGCCUUAAUACUACUGCUUUCUUCGAGGCCAAGGUACCCGCCUAGGUCAAGCGAAGGGACUCCUCCUUAUUCGCCAUAAUUGUUUGUUUUCCUAAAUGAAUAAUAAUUUGUAUAUAAUUUCAAAAUUAAUAAGUUCAAAAAUAAAAAUAAAAAAAUGCAAAUAAAA